CGUGCCGUUCGAGUGGGGCCCAUGGACCCAGGAGCAGCUGCACGACAGAUGCGUCCGUUAUCGCCCAUUGAAGCUGAGCUUGCCAGCGAGCUGGACUGCGAGUCGUUCUCCUCGGAAGUGUCGGAGAGUAACAGCGUGUUGGGUGAUGACGAUGAGUAUGGAGACCUGGAACUGGAAGAACUACCCGAGUCGAUGCAGCCCCAGCCUCAGGCAGCUGCGAGCCUGGACUCCGAAGAGUGGACAACGCUUGCCUCCUCAGCCCAGCUCAAUUCUUCAACCGCCGCCUAUCUUGGCUGAGCCCUUACUUGUCCGGUGUCGGUUACGCCAUUUCCGUCUCGCUUGCUUGUCAACAUGGUGUUUCCACGCGGCCAACAAAGCCUAGGUGUUGUGUUAAGGACAUGCCAUGAGGCUCCUCGGUCGCAUUUGUCUCCUGUCUAUAUCGUUUCCGGAAUCCGAGGUAUCCUGCAUGGCAGAAUAAUGGCUGUUCCCAGUCUCCUUCCAUCCUAUCCUGGGAAAGAACCCUGCAGGGCUUGGACAGUGAUGCUUGACGACCCUAAUGGCGGUAUCGUUAACGGGGAGUGGGGCUCAGUUGUCGUCGACCGAGAAACCAACGGUGUGUAUGGCCAUAUCGUGGGCAGGGGCCCGCUAGCCCACGCCUACGUUGUUUCUCUGGCACACGUCUUGGAUCAGCUGAACAGUUGCUUUGGUGGAGCGGCUAGCACUCCUACAUUGUCACCUCCUACCGGCUUUCGGCCUCGCUCUCAAGACCCGGGCGAUCAAUACCCUUCAAUAGCAGCACCUGGCUCGGCCAGCGUUGUUACACGAGGGAGGAACCUAGGUCUUCAGACUACUGGGCCUCCAGUCGCCCCAAGCUUUACCCCAAUUACGAUCGGGGAAGCCGCAAAGCUAUCAUCCAUGCGAAGGCUCUGGGACGCCGUGACCCCGUAGCAGACGCGCCUGGUACACGGAUCGGGGAGUCAUGUACAACCUAAGUAUCUCAAACAGUUAUUGGAGUUCAAAACACAUUUGCAAUGAGGGUAAAGGUUCCCGGGGCCUAGACCAGCCAGAUCUUGUUAUCAACCUAUCUAUCUAGCUAGUAAUAGACGGG